AUGCCAAACCACACUCCCUCCCCCUCCGACGAGGACCUCCUCCCAACCCUGAUAACAACCCUCUCAAAAGAAUCCCCGCAAACCCUCUGGGCCGAAUAUCCCUCCUCCCCAAAAUCCUACAAUCUUGGCUUUACGCAAAUAACCUACGCGCAAUUCGCCAACGCAAUCAACAACUGCGCGCACUUCCUCGCAGAAACCCUUGGUCGAAGUGACACGGGAGAGCCGCUCGCCUGGCUUGCGCCUAAUGAUCCGCGGUGCGCGAUUGCCAAUGUUGCGGCUAUGAGGGCGGGGUUCAAAAUAUUCCUCAUCUCAGAGCGGAAUAGCGUUGCGGCGAAUUAUAAGCUGUUCGAUGAGGUGCAGUGCUCGACAAUCCUGACGACUAGUUUGGCUUUUGCGCCUGUGCAGGCGACUCAAGCUGGAGAUGGAAAAGGAGUUGGGGAUGGAUCGCGAAAACAGCUCGUCGUCAUUGAGCUGCCGUCACUGGAGACACUCCUCACCGAGAUUCGUCCGGAAUACCCCUUCCACAAGACGCUUUCUGCCUCCGCGAGGGAGGCCGCGCUUAUAGUUCAUACAUCUGGAUCAACGGGCUUCCCAAAACCAAUGUUCAUAACGCACGAAUUCCUCGCGAAGACGAUGCGGAACUUUCGAAUCACGGCACCCGCGGGAUAUAUCACGCAGACGUCCUUAAUAGAGAAGAAGCAGUGUGUGUGCUUUCUCCCAAUUGGCCAUCCCGCAGGAGUCACAUUCACCCUCCUUCUCCCCCUAACAACCCAGUGCAGCAUAAUCCUCCCACUCUCACAUAUCCCCCCUACAGGCGAAGCCCUGGUCGAAAUCCUGCGGCAUACAAGCGCGGACUGGGCGGCGCUCGCACCGCUAACUCUUGAGACUAUGUCGAAGAAUAUCUCUCUGCUAGAUGUGCUAGAUUCCAAACUCGAGACCCUCGUCUUUUCUGGUGGAAGUCUGCCGAAGGUCUUUGGGGAUGAGAUUGCACAACGGAGGAGACUGAAACUGCUUUCGUUCCUGGGAUCCUCGGAGACGGGGCCGCUGCAGGCGAUUUAUCGCGAGGGGUAUGACUUUGUGAAUGAUUGGAAUUAUUUGCAGUUUCCGGAAGAGCUUGGGGCGCGUUUUGACCUGGUCCCUGAUAGAGGAAGUCGUCACGGUAGAGAAGGACAAGCAGAGAGAGAUGAAGAUGGGGGAGUCUAUGAACUAGUCUUCACCAAAACCCCGGCAACAGCGCCCUACCAAGCCGUCUUCGCCUCCUACCCCGAUCUCACUGAAUUCCGAACAAAAGACCUCUUCACGAAACAUUCCUCGAUCCCCAACCUCUGGACCCAUGCAUCCCGCUCCGACGACGUCAUUGUCUUCUUGAACGGCGAGAAGGUGAAUCCCGUUGAUUUUGAAAGUCGGGUUUGUCGACAUCCUACUGUUGCGGCGGCGCUGAUGUUUGGCGAGAAGAGAUUCGAGGCGGGGGUUCUUGUUGAGCUGGUUGAUUCGCAGAAGAAGGGGGAUUUGUCAGUUGCGGAGAGAGCGAAAGUUGUGAAGGAUAUAUGGCCCGUUAUUGAGGAUGCGAAUGCGAUUCUUCCGGCUUAUGCGCGGGUUGAUGAGGCGCAUAUCGUUUUUACGGAAGUGGGCAAAUCGGUGCUGAGGACGUUAAAGGGGACGGUUAGGAGGGCGGCGACGCUUGAGUUGCAUAAGGAGGCGAUUGAGAAGGUUUAUACGGAUGUCGAAGAGAUGGAAGGUGCUGUUCCGGGUCAAUUGCGACGUGCGAUAGGGUCAGAGGUUGAGGUUCAGGAGCUCGUCCGUCAAGCUGUGCAAGAGACCAUGAAGAUCGAUGAGACGGAGAUGACCGAAGACUUCUUCAGCCGCGGAAUGGACUCGCUGCAGGUCCUCCGCCUGAUUCGGCAUUUGCGGGGGGGUACAGCCCUAACCGGGAUAACGCCGAGUAUGGUGUAUCUGAACGCGUCUAUCAGUGCGCUCUCAAGCGCGAUAUAUCAGCUCGCACAGAACAAGCAGAUCUCCGAGCAACAGAAGCAAGAGGACCAGCUGAACAUUCGAAGAGAGAUACUCCAGAGACACCUCGAUGCCAUCGACGCCCUCGAUACCAAGCCCUCGUCAAGCCAACGAAGCAAAAAUGAAGGCAAAGUGAUCCUCGUCACAGGCUCAACCGGCACAAUCGGCAGCUACAUCCUCUCCGUCCUUCUGGACCGGGAAGAUAUAGACCACAUCUACUGCCUCAACCGCUCCCUGAACUCAGAAACUCUGCAACGGGAGCACAACGCCCACCAGGAUCCGGCCCUGCCAAUCACCUUCCCUGAGUCAAAGGUCACAUUCCUAACAGUCGACCUGGCACAUCCAAUUCUGGGCCUCGACGGUGCAGUCUACGAAGCCCUAAGAGACAGGGCGACGCAUAUCAUCCACAAUGCAUGGAAAGUCGACUUUAACCUCCCGCUGCAGGCAUUCGAACCGCAGCUGCUUGGGACGGUUAAUUUGAUCCGUCUCUGUGCGAGCGCUUCUCGAGCCCCGACGAUCGUGUUUAUAUCGUCUGUCAGUGCGGUUAUGAACUUCUCUUCCACUUUCUCAUACCAGAGUACCAAUCAGACCCCCAUUCCGGAGUCGAUUAUCGAAGACAUAUCCGCCCCGGCAUCAGCAGGCUACGCAGAAAGCAAAUACAUCGCCGAACGCCUCUUAUCCCACGCCGCUGACAGGCUCAGAAUCAGCGCGAAGAUCAUCCGUCUCGGGCAGAUUGCUGGUGCCGCGAAAAGUCCUGGGAGCUGGAACGCUGCUGAUUGGGUUCCCGCUCUUGUUCUUGGGUCGACGGGGCUUGGUGCUAUUCCGGAUGCACUUGAUGGCGGAGUGGAUGGUGGCGGUGUGAUCGAUUGGGUCCCUGUUGAUUCCAUCGCGGAGGUGAUUGUUGAUAUUGGGGUCCAUUACGACUCUCAGCACGGUCCAAGCUCGGACUCAAACUCGGGCGACCGUGCCCAGAGAGAUGCUGAUACUUCGACUGGGAGUGGAGAUGUCUCCAUCUUCCACCCGCUAAACCCUCACGGAACAACAUGGUCCUCGCUCCUGCCCCCAAUAAUCUCAGUCCUCGAGUCCCAAUUACGUCCCGGCUCGCACCACGACCAGUCCCAACGGAAACGGGCUAUCGAGGUCGUCCCACCAGCCGAAUGGCUCUCCAGGCUCCGCGCCGCGGCGAGGCAAUCGCUUUCAACGAGUGAUGGUGGUGAGAACCUGCCUGUCAGUAGGAAUCCUGCGCUGCGUCUGCUUGAAUUCUUCUCUCAGAGGCUUGAUGGUGUGAAUGCGGGCCCAGAAACCAAGGUUUGGGAGACUGGGAAUGCAAAGAGGGUUAGUAAGGCGUUGCGGGGGGUGCAAGCGAUAGAUGGGGAGUUGAUGGGGAGGUGGGUUGAACAGUGGGUCCUGGGCAUGAAGGAGUAA